CCUUACACCCCGCAUCAGCGUAAAUACAACUAGCAAUGUUCAUUGAAGUCGUGUGGAUCCUCGCGACGGCAACAGGGUCAUGCUCAGCUUCAUGCCAGUCCGACACAGUGGUGGACGUCUGCUCCCUGGAUCCUGUGAUGGAAUCUGGGUACGAUCAUCAUGAUGCCUGGUUCUACGAUUGGAGGACUGACGUAUGCUUGGAGACGAAGUUUGAAUAUGUCGAUGAAUAUAGUGACGAGCAAAACUAUUUCGCGACCGAAGAACAGUGUAACUCUAAGUGCAGACGAGGUGUGCCGAACCAGUGUUUUGAUGACCCUCGAAAUUUAGGGGGGAAAAAUGACAUUGAAAAGUGGACCUACAAUUAUACUUCCACACAAUGCGUCCCGUUUCGCUGGAGGAAAGGCCGGUGGCCAGAUAGAAACACAUUUAUUUCAAAAGAGGAAUGCAUUAAGACGUGUAAAAUCCCAGAGCUGGGAAUAUGUGGAUACGGGUUUCACAAUGAAUGUAAGCAUGGUGAUGAUCUAUAUAUUCGGUAUAAUUAUCAAAAGCAAAUAUGCGAAAUUUUACAACCCGACGAAUGUCCUAUACAUGGAAACGCAUUCUACACAUUUCGAGCAUGCUACCAACGCUGCGGAAGGUUUGUGGAAGAUAAGUGCAAGUUACCAAUACAAAAUAUGAGUUUUUGCAGUGAAGUUAAGACUAGGUAUGGCUACAACACCAAAACGUUGAGGUGCGAAGAGUUUCAAGGAUGCGAAGAUAGUGGGAACAGUUUUCCAUCAGCGGAAGCGUGUUGGAACACCUGUGCUAAAGCGUCAAACCACCGCUGCGUGCAGAAACCUGAUUAUAGAUUUCCUGGUAUAUUUAAAAAAUACUACUACGACAUAAGACAUAACCAAUGUAAAAGCAAGAGACUGUUUCGAGGCUAUGUUUCUGGGGACUCAAACCUAUUCGAAACAAUGGAAGACUGCAAGGCAACUUGUAUGGCAACAUACAAAUAUGAGCCCGAUCGGUUGUGAUAAGGCAUGGAAGCCACAUUUCCUUCGAGACAGUGGCCUUCAAGGAUUCUUUGCACUUCAGAACAAGGCUCAGAUUAUUUGACGGCCACCACUGCAAGAAUAAAACUGUAUUUUCUCUGUGA